AGCGUGCAGUGGGCACUUGGAGGGUGUGGGGGGCUUAGGGGUCAGGCUGAAGGAGGGGUCUUCAGCUACUUAGACGGUCCUGGUCCAGCGGCUCUCAGGGUGUCAACCCCUGAUGUCCUCCUCCCUCCCUCCCUGCAGUGUCGUGACGUGUGUGGCCUGAAUGUCUCUGCCCGCUGCGACUUUAUCCGGACAACCCCCGACUGCCGCAGCGAAGGGGGUUAUCUGAACUACCUCGAAGGCAUCUUCUGUCACUUCCCCCCUAACCUCCUCCCUCUGGCCAUCACCCUCUAUGCUUUCUGGCUGCUUUACCUGUUUCUGAUUCUGGGAGUCACCGCGGCAAAGUUUUUCUGCCCGAACUUGUCAGCCAUUUCCACCAUGUUCAAGCUCUCCCACAACGUGGCAGGCGUCACCUUCCUGGCGUUUGGGAACGGCGCACCCGAUAUCUUCAGCGCCCUGGUGGCUUUCUCGGAUCCGCGCACAGCCGGCCUGGCCUUUGGGGCGCUAUUUGGUGCGGGCGUGCUGGUCACCACUGUGGUGGCCGGUGGCAUCGCCAUCCUGCGUCCCUUCACGGCUGCCUCCAGGCCCUUUCUCAGAGACAUUGUUUUCUACAUGGUGGCCGUGUUCCUGACCUUCACCGCACUCUACCUCGGCAGGGUCACGCUGGCAUGGGCUCUGGGUUACCUAGGCUUGUAUGUGUUCUACGUGGUCACUGUGGUUCUCUGCACCUGGAUCUACCGAUGGCAGCGCAGGAGAUCCCUGGUUUACUCCAUGCCGGGCACUCCGGAAAUGCUCUCGGAUUCUGAAGAGGAGCCCGUGUCUCCCAACAGCUAUGACUACAGUGAAGAGUACCAGCCGCUCCUCUUCUACCAGGAGACCACGGCUCAGAUCCUGGCCCAGGCCCUCAACCCCCUGGAUUACAGGAAGUGGAGGAUCAAGCCAGUGUACUGGAGGGCCCUCAAGGUGUUCAAGCUGCCCGUGGAGUUCCUGCUGCUGCUCACCGUCCCUGUCGUGGACCCCGACAAGGAGGACGGGAACUGGAAGCGGCCCCUCAACUGCCUGCACCUGGCCAUCAGCCCGCUGGUCUUGGUCCUGACCCUGCAGUCGGGGGCCUAUGGCGUCUAUGAGAUAGGUGGCCUCGUUCCUGUCUGGGCCGUCGUGGUGAUCCUCGGCACAGCCGUGGCUGCAGUGACCUUUUUUGCCACAUCCAACAGCGAGCCCCCGAGGCUUCACUGGCUCUUUGCCUUCCUGGGCUUCCUGACCAGCGCCCUGUGGAUCAACGCGGCCGCCACCGAGGUGGUGAACAUCUUGCGGUCCCUGGGAGUGGUCUUCCGGCUGAGCAACACUGUCCUGGGGCUCACGCUGCUGGCCUGGGGGAACAGCAUUGGAGAUGCUUUCUCAGAUUUCACGCUGGCCCGCCAGGGCUACCCGCGGAUGGCGUUCUCAGCCUGUUUCGGUGGCAUCAUCUUGAAUCUCCUGGUGGGAGUGGGGCUGGGCUGUCUGUUCCAGAUCUCCAGGAGCCACGCGGCGGAGGUGAAGCUGGAGCCAGACGGACUGUUGGUGUGGGUGUUGGCGGGCGCCCUGGGCCUCAGCCUCGUCUGCUCCCUGGUCUCGGUCCCACUGCAGUGCUUCCAGCUGAACAGAGUCUACGGCUUCUGCCUGCUCCUCUUCUACGUGAACUUCCUCGUGGUGGCCCUGCUGACCGAAUUUGGGGUGAUUCACUUGAAAACUGCGUUUGAGUGACGCCUCGUGUCUGGGGCCGCCUGGUGGCCGGGAGGUGUCACUGCAGGCGGCCUGAUGGACGUCUGGCCUGGGUGGCUGCGAAUGGGGUGGCUCGGGGGACCCCGCUGCCUCUGCUGGUGGUUCCUGGCUGUUGCCCUGUGCAGAGAGGACAGCUAAGCCUUGUGUCUGGGACAUCGGAGACCGGGCUGCGCUGUGCACAGAGCUGCAGACAGAAGGGAGCCUUCCUUGGAUUAUCUGUGGAGCCUCUGGGGGGCUGAGUGCCUUCCGGGCCGGGGUCGGAGGACCAGCUGAGCGGAGUGUUCCAGCGCCUGUAGUCAUGCCCUGCCGCCUUCCUGCAUCUUUUCCUCAGGGCUCACUCAAACCGCGGCCACACCUGGGCUCGGGGUGUCAGGGCCACGCAGAUGGCAGGCAGAACGCGGUGGGCCUCAGGCCAGCCCGGGCUGAGUUCUAGAGCUGCACCGUCCGACAAAUAGAAUGGGAGACACAUACCGAAUUUCGAAAGUUCUGGUCGCCACAUAAUAAAAGCCAAAAGAAACAGGUCCUACAGUAUAUGUAUUAAUGGCUCCCCGACAUCAGCAUAUGCACUGGCCCCAUUGUGGCCACCAUAUUGGACGGCACAGCUCUAGCCUCUACCUCCAGAGCUGUCUGCUGGCUGUCGGCAAACUCCUCUGCGCCCUGAAUCUUGGCUUUCCCCAGCUGUGAAACGGGCAUCAGUUGGACUGUGCCCUGUCCUACCUCAGGGGGAGCCCUGGGCCGGGGUUCCAACACGGGACGGAGUGCUCCCCAGUGCCUUCCCGCGGUCAGCUAUGGCCCUGCCUUCUCAAGAAGCAGCUCUUCAGUCUGCCUGACUGCCUUCUGCCGGCAGCAGCAAAGCGACUCGACGGUCUCUUUUCCAGUGAAAAAAGUUAUUAAAUAUUUCAAGCGUA